AAGUCUAAAAGUACAGUACAUUAUGCCAGUUAGAAAGGACAGUAUUAUUGUGAAGUGUGAGCUCUUUCUGAGUGAUGAUUCCUGCAACUUUCCAAACCAAAUAUGUGACUAUAUAAAGGACACAUAUGGAGAGUGUAAGAUACUGACAGUUACGAGGAAGACUGGUGAAUCUGAAGUUGAGUAUUAUAUUGUACUAAAGUUUACUGACUGUGGCCAUGCUAACAGAGUCAAGCAAAGGUAUCAUGGUCGUUGUUUGUUCUCUGCUAUGCUCUCCUGCUCAUUCUUUGAGUCUCAGCUACCAGUGACAUACAUCACUCACUCAAUGCUAGCCAAUCUUCUUGAAAAAGCAAAUUCAACAACUUCAACUAAAAAGAAGAAGAAAACAGUCUCAGUUGAGAAAGAGCAGGAGAAGUGGAUGUGGGAGCACGGCCUGCUGGAGGAGGAACAGGAAGAAGGCCAUUGCGUGUUCUUUACCGAGAGGGAGACCAGCGAAGAGACUGAGGCAGUGCAAGCUAGUACUAGCUCUGGAGGUAGAACAGUCAUCACGGCCUCUACCUCUAGAGACAUCAGUAGAGAGGAACCUGUUCACAGUGAGAGGCCUACUGGGAGCAGCAGAACUGAUGAUUAUUACUCGGUGAAGAACAUGCUUGCCUCUAGAGGAGCUAGAAACAUGAAACAAGAGAAAAGCAGCAGCGGAGAUGAGUCUGAUGAUGACGAUAAUGAGUUAUCAGAAGAUCGUAGGCACAUUCACCAAUCUGGAGUUGGGUUCUUAUUGCAGAGAAUCCAAGGAAGUUCAUCUAGUGGUUCCAACGUCAAAGAAAAGGAAACAGAGAAGGAAAGGAAAGAGAAAAGGAGGACACACAAAGAGGAAGAGAGUAAGAAGUGGAAGAGUCUGUAUCAGACUCUUGAGUCUAAAAGAGGAAGGAGAGGCUAUGAGAAAUCAAGAGCUGAUUCAAUAUCAUCUCGGGAUUCAUCAGUUGAUCAUUCAUCAAGACACAGAGUGUCCCAUUUAAGAGACAGAUCAAUUGAUUCAAACAGAACCUCACAUUAUUCCAGAGAUUCAUCUCUUGAUGAUUCAAGGCGUAAAUCACGUGAUAAAGUAUACUCAACCACAACCUCACGGGACUCGUCGCUGGAUUCAUCAGUUGACAGAAGUAAAGCCUCAAAACGAGCAAGAAACCUUUCAGCUGACAGUUCAUCUAGUGAUUCUAGUGACCCUGGGUCAAGGGAAAGGAGAAAGAAGGGACGCCAUCAUGAGAGAAGUGACAAAUACUCAACUAGCAGCAGCAGUAGCUCAAGAAGAAGAGAGAAGGAGCGUUUUGUAUCGAAAGAGAAGAAACCUUAUAAGAGCAGCAACAGCAGCAGCAGUACCUCAGUGAAGAGAAGACACGAGACAACAAGAGGAAAGGAACCAUCACCUGUGGAGGAGAAGAGGAAACGACACAAGCAGAAGGAGACACCCACUAAAGCUAGUCCAACGACUUCUUUGGCCAGACCGACUACUACCACAGCUACCGUGACCACACCUACCACUUCAGCCACUACUGCUACUGUGACCACACCCACUAAAGUAUCAAAUUUGGCCACACCCAACAGCACUAACUCUCCUAUACCAAACCCAAUCCAGUUCCUUCAAUCUGGUUUCACUGGUACAUCUACUUCAUUGGGAGGGGCUCCGUUGCUAGGGGGAGGAGCUCCAUCUCUAGGGGGAGGGGGAGGUUCUUUGUUCCCCCUAAUCCCUCCCUUUCCCCUCUCUCUCCCUCCCUCGUCUAAUGGCUCCCCUGUUCCUCUAAUGGUCCCAAUAUACCUACCACCAGACUAUAGACAAUUACUAACAGGAGGAGGGACUAAUGGCAGCAAAGAACUACCCACUGGGGGAGCAGCUGUGAGUACAGGGGGGACUGGGAUCUCAGGGGGAGGCGGGGAUUCAGGAGGAGGUGGGGGUUCAGGAGGAGGUGGGGGU